UCCCUGGCGUGGGGAAUGCUGCACAAGAAGCUGCGCCAACAGACCUGAACGAGAGCACGAACAUCCCGACCCUCAUCAGCUGCAAAUCAUGGGAGUCAAGAGGAGUUGAAGUUAGAACACCGAGAUAAUCUCCGAGAACUGUAGACAUUGAAACAAAGAAGUUAUGAAGACAAAGAUCAUAUAUGCUCCAACUCUGCAAGCUGACCCUGCAGGUAAAGACAAAUUCUACACUGACCUGCGUAGCCUCACUCAAAAGGUUCCUAUAGAUGAUAAUAAGAUCAUAAUCCUUGGUGACUUCAGUGCCUGAGUAGGUAAGAACUUUGAAGCCUGGAAAGGAGUACUAGGCAAGCACGGUGUUGGUAGCUGCAAUGAUAAUGGAUGCCUCUUGCUAGAGUUUUGUGCAGAGCAGCAGCUUACCGUCACCAACACUAUUUUCCAGCAGAAAGACAGUGUGAAGACAACCUGGAUGCACCCGCAAUCUAAAUAUUGGCACCUUAUUGAUUAUCUCUUAGUGCACCAGAGAAAUGUUUGUGAUGCCUGUCACACCCGAGUGAUGCCUAGUGCAGAAUGUCAAACAGACCACUGCCUUGUGCGUUGCAAACUUAACCUCCACCUUAAGCCCAAACCUAAGAGGGGUGGCAUUCCAAGGAGGAGGCUCAAUGUUAACAAUCUUCAAAUAGCCACAGUGAGGGACAGCUUUCAGGCUAACCUUCAAACUAGGCUUGAAGACCAGCUUAUAGAUUCUUCUCCUGAAGUGCUUUGGCAACAUAUUAAAAAUAGCAUCCUGCAGUCCUCCAAAGAAUCCUUUGGGUUCUCCUUAAAGAAAAACAAAGACUGGUUUGACGAUAACAACCAGGAGGUCCACGAAUUGCUGACAAAGAAGAGAUCUGCCCAUCAAGCCCACCUUGCUCAGCCAUUUUGCCAUGUAAGAAAAGCAGCCUUUUGUCUUGCAUGCAGUAAACUCCAACAGAAACCUCGAGACAUCCAGAACAAGUGGUGGCUCAACCUAGCAGAAAAGACUCAACUAUGCACAGAUUUGGGUGACCACAGAGGAUUCUAUGAGGCUCUGAAAGCAGUGUAUGGACUCACAUACCAGGUUCAAAGCCCCUUACUUAGUGCAGAUGGCCAAAAGCUUCUUACACAUAAAAUCUCCAUCCUGAAUUGUUUGUCUGAACAUUUUCAAACACUCUUUAGUGCUAACCCUGUAGUCCAAGGCACAGGAAUCCAGCCCAUCUUACAAUAUCUGGUGAAAAAUGAAUUGGAUAUAGCCCUUACCAUGGGAGAGACUCUUAAGGCUAUACAGCAGGUGAAAACUGGCAAGGCAGCUGGGGUCGAUGGAAUCCCACCCAAAAUCUGGAAGCAGAGAGGCCAAGCACUUCAUGCUAAAUUUCACGUGCUAGUUGUGUGCUGUUGGGAACAAGGUAAACUACCAUCAGAUUUUUGUGAUGCAAUCAUCAUUACUCUGUAUAAGAAAAAAGGUGUAAAGUCAGACUGCUCAAGCUACCGAGGUAUAACUCUGCUCUCCAUUGCUGUAAAAGUCCUUGCAAGAAUAUUAUUGAACAGAUUAGUACAUGCUAUCAUAGAAUCAUAG